CACACACGCGCCGGCACUCACGAGGGGGCAGUGCCUGUCCGCGCACAUGUCACGCCUGACCUGAGAAGCAUCCUCAGCGACGCUGGGGGCAAAACCUCGCACACAUGCGGGACACCCAUGCACGUAACUAUCACUGCUUACUGGUACAAGAAGGAAAUUCGAACAAGUGGAAAAAGUAAGUGUGUUGUGGUCUUUUCAAGUGUGUGUAUCGCUCUAGCUCAUUCCUUCUAACGGCUGCAUCGGAUUCCAUUGUUCGGGUGUGACUUAGUGUAUUUAUCCAGCCCUCUGUUGAUUGAAACUGAUGGAUGUUGUAUGGGCCAGAGGCAGGGAUGGUUGGCUAUGACCCCAAAGCCGAUGGCAGGAGUAUCUCCAGUUUUGAGGUGGCGGUGGCUGGGUCUGUGUCUGGACUUGUCACUCGCGUGAUGGUCAGCCCCUUGGAUGUCAUCAAGAUCCGUUUCCAGCUUCAGAUUGAACGCCUGUCUCGCAGUGACCCCAGUGCAAAAUACUAUGGGAUCCUGCAGGCUGGGAGACAGAUUUUGCAAGAGGAAGGCCUCGCAGCAUUCUGGAAAGGACACGUCCCAGCGCAGCUUCUCUCUAUAGGCUAUGGAGCUGUCCAAUUUCUGUCGUUUGAACUGCUGACCGAGCUGGUGCACAGAGCCACUGAGUACGACGCCCGUGACUUCUCAGUGCACUUCGCAUGCGGCGGCCUGUCCGCCAGCGCCGCCACCCUGGCCGUGCAGCCCGUGGACGUGCUGCGCACUCGCUUUGCAGCUCAGGGCGAGCCCAAGGUGUAUAAAACCCUGCGAGAUGCUGUGGUGACCAUGUACCGGACCGAAGGCCCCUUGGUUUUCUACAAAGGCUUGAACCCCACCUUGAUCGCCAUCUUCCCCUACGCCGGGUUCCAGUUCUCCUUCUACAGCGCCUUGAAGCAUGUGCACGAGUGGGUCCUGCCCGCCCAGGGAAGGAAGAACGAGAACCUCAAAAACCUGCUGUGUGGCAGUGGAGCCGGAGUCAUCAGCAAGACCCUCACAUACCCCCUGGACCUCCUCAAGAAGCGGCUGCAGGUCGGAGGGUUUGAGCGGGCCCGAGCCACCUUUGGCCAGGUUCGCAGCUAUAGGGGCCUCCUGCAUUGUGCCCAGCAGGUGCUGCGAGAGGAAGGCCCCACGGGCUUCUUCAAGGGCCUGUCCCCCAGCCUGCUGAAGGCUGCUCUCUCCACUGGCUUCGUGUUCUUCUGGUAUGAGCUCUUCUGUAACCUCUUCCACCACAUGAAGAAGGCGGACAGCUAGCCCCGAGGGCGGGAAACCAAAAGAAGGCGGACUCCUCUACCAUUUCUUGUUGUGCCGAGAGCUGCUGCCCGCUCCCUGCCCGCCAGCCAGCUCUGCCGUCACUAGGACAAGGGCUUUCUUGGGGAGAAUGCAGGACUUGGUCUGUGGGGAUGCAGCCCCAUCGGUCAGAAGGAGCUUGAGGUGGUUUCUCUGCAUGGUGCAUGCUCAUGGGAAAGGCAGCAGCGGCCACCCUGCGCUUCUCAGCACCUUCUGCCCAGAGAACCGUCCGGGCUCCGGGGGCAGAGGGCAGAGGGCCGAGGGCCACGGCUGGAGCCUGAGGGCUGGGAUUGGGCCCUUUGUGGGGCUUGGUCCUCCCGUGUGCACUCUUCCUUCCACAAUUUAAUAUACACUGAAGCUAAGAGCACAUUCCUUAUUUCACUCCAUCUUCCCUUCCCAUCACAUCCCUGCUCACAAAGUAUGAGCGAAGGAACCCUUGCCUUCCUCAGAUUCCAUUUUUCUCAGUACUGUUCCUCACACAGCUUUGCUUCUGGUUCUGGGGGGGAAGAAUUAGUCACUUUAUACCCCCCCACCCCAUGCCCAGAUCCUCCUGUCUGUGAAGUCCUGCUCAGGCUGUUCUCUUCCUGGGUGGACAGAGCACGGCUAAGGGCCUCCGGGGAAAACACAUCCCAGCAGCCCACAAGAAGUGGGGGCUGUGCUGAUGGGGAGGAGCUGUGGGUAAAGGUGGUGGCCCUUUUCCCCAGUCUACCUGCUACACUCCUUCCAUGGGGUGGGGGUGAGAGCCUUACAGCUGGGCCAGUUGGCAUCAGCUGCCCAUUCAGCAUCCCCCUCCUUGGCUCAGCAUGGUGCUGUGUGUAUCGUGUCGCCCCAAAGGGCCACUGCUCUGAAGCAGCCUCAUGAAGGGGGUGGUAGAAGGAAAGGGCUGGGCAGCCAGCCUGCUGAAGGUAGUGGUGUCUAGGGGUGGGGGGUUGUCAGCACAAGAACUCACAAGAGCUACUCAUAGGGGCACAGAGGAGAAACUGCAGUUAGGGGGUGAGACCAGGAAAUCUACAGAACAUGACCACCACCCUUUCCAACCUGUUCCGCCCCCCCCCCCCGGGACCCUGGCCUGCAGGGUUGCUCUGCAGGGGGAGCCAGGAUAGAGGAGCACCAGAGCCCCUUGCAGGACUUCACCCUGCCCUCAGUCUGGGCUCUGGCUCCAGCGUCUGCUCUGACUUAGGAGGAAAGCAGGGGCCAGGAGCAGGCCUGUGUGGGUGUCAUGGCCCUUGGACCCCUUCUGUCAUCAGAACUGUUUUGGCUCUGGCCUGGGGCUUUGUGACGUGUCUGGGACCCUGAAUCCUGAAGUUUCCCUGCUCCUGGCUGCUGAUUAUGAAGGUCCAGGCUGUGGGUAGGGGGUGCUCCAACACCCACAGGGUUUGGGGCACUGGAGGCCUGGGCUUGGGGCUGCAGGAAAGCAGCUGCCUGAAUGUAUUUUUUAAGAAAUUCCAUGUUAGUGGAAUAAAAUAAACUUUCUUCUCUUCUCUCCUA